GGCGUGUGUUCCCGCAGCGCCUGGUUGCGCGCGCGCGUGCGGAGGAAAGCGUUCAUUUCGGAGCUCCCCGGUGGGCUCGUGACACUCAGACCGCGGUAUUACUAAUUCACUGAAGAGAGAGAGAGAGACAGAGAGAGAGAGAGACAGAGAGUGAGAGAAACGACCGACACCGAGCUCGAGUCUCGUGUCUGUAGCUUGAGCGUCCCGGCCGGACAUGGCAGCUGAGGAGAAUGAAUGCUCGAGCCUCCAGCUCUCCAAACAGAGCUCUGAUCCCGUGAGGACGUGGGAGUUGGAGUCCUUCCUGGCCAGUCGCACACUCGGUUUCGUGUCCCGGCUUGAUGAGCGCUACAAGUGCCCGGCCUGCGGUGGCGCCAUUCUUAACCCCCACCAGACGGGCUGUGGCCACAUCUUCUGUGGCAAGUGCAUUAGAAUGUUCAUUGAGAGCAGCGACACAUCCAAAUGUCCCUUAGAUGGCAUUUUGAUCAAGCCGGAGGAGGUUUUUCAAGACAACUGCUGUAAAAGAGAACUACUAAAUCUUGAAGUUUACUGUAGCAACACUCCAGAUUGCACACAAAAGAUGCUUCUGUGUGAUUUGCAGAAACACCUAAAGCUUUGUCAGUACGAAGCCCUGCAAUGCUCCAACCCAGGCUGCACUGACAUCCUGUUACGCAAGAAUUUACCAGACCACCAGCGAAGCCUCUGUCCCUUUCGCACAGAAUUCUGUCGCUACUGCACGAAGCCGUAUCCUAUUACCCAGCUCCUGGACCAUGAAAAGAUGUCGUGCCCUGAAGCUGAAGUUCAGUGUCCCAAUAACUGCUCUCAGAUGGUUAAGAGGCAUAAGCUCAAAGGACAUGUAGAUGAGUGUCCAGAGGUGGAGACAGACUGCAUUUAUAAGCAAUAUGGCUGCACAGUCCGAGAUAAAAGAAGCAAAGUGAAAGUCCAUGAAUACACUGAAUUUAGCCACCAUGUGCUGCUGGUACUGGAGAGCAACAGCAAACUUGCUAAACAGGUAGAUCAGCUGCAGCAGGACUUGGCCCUCCAGGAGAGGGAGCUGAAGGAGAGAAACUUGCUUGUUGCUAAUCUUAACAGAGAAGUGACCAAGUGUGACAACACAUUUUCUGCCAUCCAGAGGACAGUGGUGGAGCAGGGGGAGUGUGUCUCCAGCGUUAAACAGGAGCUGCAGGAGCUCCGCAGUGUUCUGGAUGCUGAGCUGGCUAAAGAGGAGCUGAAUGCCCUCCGAGUUUCUCUCAACUCUCUCAGACAGCAAGUGGCAAUGACGCAGAGCCUCAGAGAUCACCUGGGAGCUUUAGGGCAGACGUGUCAGCGUCACACUCGACUCUUGGACAUCCACGUGGAGCAGCUGCAGUGCAACGAGCAACGUUUUCGCCAGCUUGAGUCCACAUCGUAUGAUGGAAAGCUCAUCUGGAAGGUUCACGACUACCAGCGCAGAAAAGAUGCCGGUGCGCCGCUCAACUCGCCGCCUUUCUACACCGGCCGCAGCGGCUACAAGCUGAGCGUCCGCGUGUAUCCUGAUGGGGAAGGAAGCGCCCGGGGCACGCACCUCUCCCUCUACGUCAUGGUGAUGAGAGGCGACUUCGACUCGCUGCUGCCGUGGCCGUUCCGCCAGAGCAUCACGCUGACCGUGCUGGACCAGAGCGGCUCACGCAAUCACAUCAGCUGCAGCUUCAACCCCGACACCAACAAAGAGAGUUUCCGCAGACCCACGGCCGACAGCAACGCCGCUUUAGGGUUCUCCCGCUUCAUCUCUCACACUGAUCUGGAAGGUCCCCGAAAUGCAGUCUACGUACGAGACGACACACUGUUUAUCAAAGUCAAGGUGGACACAACAGGGUUGGAGGAUUUCUAGUGUAUUCUGGGAGAGUGGAUCUAGUAAAGCUGGCCUUUAUAAGAUUUUUUUCAGGAUAUGAAAACAAAUAGUCAACUCCAAAAUUAAUGGCACCCUUCAUGACAAUGUACAAAAAUGACUACCCCCUGUAAUGACUGAUAAACACUGGUUUAAAAAUUAUUGGCAUCCCCACAAUUAAUAUUUAGUGAAUCCACUCUUGGAGAGAAUAAAAGAGUUUUUUUUCCCUGUAAUGUCUAACAGGAUUGGAGACACGUGUAAGGGGAAUCUGGAUGAUUCCAUCAUGUACCACAUUUCAGGCUCUUUUAUAUGCUUAGGUUUGUGCAUGUGAACAUCAUCUUCAAUUCAGAUUACAGUUUUGAAUAGGGUUCAAAUCCAGAGACUUUUUUUUUUAGGCAGUAGAGAUAGGCUUUUGAUUUGUUCCAUAACAAUUUGUGUUGAUACGGAGGUCAUUAUCUUGUUGCUUUGACCUCUUGGUAGAGCCAACCAUGUUUUGCUAUCAGGUGCUCUUUCUUGUUUUUCCUUGUCUCAUUUUUGGUUACAUAGCCAGAAAGUUAGUGCGCAAUGCUUCUAAACAGCUUGUUGUUAUGGAGAUGGUGUCUAUUAGCUGAUUUUCAAAUAUUACAAUCCCAAAUAUUCCCGAUGAUGACUGAUUUUUACAUAUGUGAAAACUCAUAUUUAUAUGCAGAGGAACUUGUCAGACUUGUCAAAUAAUAGAGUUCCUGGAGAAUUAAAGCAAUUUUUAUUUUUUUUCCUGGAUGAUUUUUUUUUAGUUUUCACUGCUAGGUGCAAAUAAUUUUGCCAUAAAUUAUUUGAGAGAUAUUUUUAAACACUUUUUUUAAUUAAUGGAGAAAAUUAAAGUAUAAUCUCCUGAUUCAGUGGAAGUAUUGAAUCAUGGUGCAUUACACUGAUUUUUUAAUUAACAUUUAAUGUUUUCCCCAUUCUCUUGAAGGGUGCCUGUAAUUCCAGAGCAGACUAAGUUAUUUUCAGCCACAGAUUAAGUUAUUUUUUUUUAUUGUGAAUUUGCCAAAAAAUGAGGAAAUAACUCAGAGGGGAAGCUGAGACACGGUAGCUGAUUGUGGUUUCUAUAAAAGUCUGUAUUUUCAUUUUUAUACAUCAUGGUUAUUAUAAAUGACAUGCUGUGUGAUUUUCACAAAUAAAGAUUUGGUGCAUCUUCA